GUCCUUCCUUGUCAUGCUAACCAUUUGUCAUUGACAGACUUCGGUAUUGUAUAGUUGCUCGUCGACUUGCUAACGAAAUGGCAUACAGAAAUGCCUAGAAUAAGUGAGUAAGACUUCCAGCGGCAGGGGGUACUCAGCGGAUCUCCAGGCGAGAACGCCUGAGGCUGGAGUGUGCUAGAAGGUUCGGCCGCCUGCCGUAUUUGUCUCCACCGGCGGACGUCGAUUGUGAUGAACGCUCUCGAACUCUCGCCGCCGCCCGCCACACCGCGCCACCUCUCGAACCAGCCGGAAGUGCCGUCCUAGCCGCCGAUGUGCGUAUAUUACCCACUGCUCCCCUGCCCUGCCGCUCACAUACACAUUCUGUCACACCCAUCAUCUCACCGCGCCCGUCCACGAUUUCCACGACAUACACUGACUACUUGAACAAUGUUCGGCUAUAAUCCCUACGGCGCAUACUCUAGCCCCUACAGCUACGGGCGCGCAAGUCCCUCGUACUCGUCGCCCGACGCUGACUACCUCCGCGCCCUCGCCCAGGAGCGCGCGGCCCAAGAACAGCUCCUCGCCGCCCGUCGCGCUCAAGAAGAGGCCCGUCAGCGCGGCGAACGUGCUCGCCUCGCCCGCCCGGGCUACGGUAUUCCGUCGCAGUACAACCCCAUCUACGAUGACCUUGACGACUACGAAAACCACGACUCUUACGAUGGCGGCUUUAUGCCCUACGGCGGGUUCAGUGGCUACAGCCCGAGUGCUCGCCAGCGUAGGGCGAUGAUGGAGCAGGAGCGCCAGCGUGCCCUGCAGAGGGAGGUGGAGAGGAGGGAACGCGAGCGGGAGCUCGAGAGGUUGAGGCUCGAGGAGGUAAAGAGGCAGUUGGAGGAGGAGAGGCGGAGGCUCAUGGAGGAGGAGCGGAGGCAGCGUAUCCGUGAGGGGGAGUUGAGGCGAAGAGAGCAGGAGUACAAUCGCCAGCAGCGCGCAAGUCAGUUCGACCCUCUCUUUGGCCCCUACGCUUGGGACCCCGAGGAGGAGGAUACGGUCUCGCCGCGGACCGGCCGGCGACCACGUACCGUCACGCCUACUCACCGUCGCGGGAUGGCCUCACAGGGCACUCCCGCUUCACAAACCCAUCUCAUGCCUGGUGGCAGCGCCAUACGGGCAUCAUCUGUCCCACCGCGCUCUGCCGUUCCACCAAGUCCGAUCCGGCCCACCGCAGCGAACAACAACGCAGGUGCCGGGCACUUCAAGGUCCCCAUCCGCACACCGUCGCCGAAGUCAAAAGCACCCUCACCCAAGCCGCAGCCGACACCCGAGCAACAUGAAGCCGCGCGCAAGAUCCAAGAGACCUACCGCACGCACGCCGCGCGCACCGCCGCGCUCCACGCGAUCGACGAGCACCGCGCCAAGUUUAACGAACUCAAGACGAACUUCCACUUCCCCGCUACACUCGACUUCGCCGUGGGGCCGGGUACGCACGACCACGUCGCCGUGCCGGUCGAUCCUGCCGCCCUGAGCGUGCUCGUCUUCGCUGACGGCGCGAGCGUCGAAGAGGGCCGGAGCCGCCGUCCGCGGCUAGCGUACACGUCGCAGAACGCGGUGGUGCACGGCUACCUGGAAGAGCUGAACCGCCUGCUGAGCAAGCUGGAUGCGAUCGAGAGCGGCGGUGACAAGGAAGUGAGGGAGCGGAGGAAGAGCAUCGUGAUGGAGGUCGAGGCGGAGGCGGAGAGGGUGGAGGCGGUCGUUGGCGAGGUAUGGGCGAAGUGGCAAGCAAGGCAGGAGACGGAGACGGAAACGGUCAAGGUCGCGCCGGGGACGUAUCGAGCGACGACCGAGCACCCGACGGCGGAGCAGCAGCAUGAGAAGACGAUGGACGUCGUCGAGCAGCCGGAUCAACACGCCCAGCCCGAAGCGCAUCUCGACCAACCGCCACCCGCGCAGCCCACGCAGACGGAGGAGACGGUCCGCGUCGCGCCCGGCGUGUACGACGCCACCGCGGAGCCGCCCUCGACGGAGCAGGAAGACGAGAAGCGCAUGGACGUCGAGCAGAACCCCGGCGAGGACGCAGUGCCCGAGGCGCACAUCGCCGACGUCCCCAUGCAGACGGGCGAGACCGUGCCAAUAGCCUCCGGUGUGUACGAGGCGACGGCGGACUCCCCGACGGACGCGCAGCAAGGGGAGAAGAGGAUGGAUGUCGAGCGGAACCCGGACGAGCACGCGGGCGCCGAGGCCACCCUCGACAUCGUCCCGCACGUCGAGCCGAUGCAGGUAACGGAGGUGGUAAAGCUCGUCCCCGCCGUGUGCAGCAGCGCGGAUGACACGGAGACGGAGAUGGACAGCAUGCAGGUCGAGCCGAUAGAGUCCGCGCCGACGCCCGAGGUCGACAUCCCCGACGCGCAAGACGAGAGUGAGCCGGGGUGGGAGGAGACGCAGGAGGGCCAUAUGUCCGACCCUGUCGUCGAGUCUGCGCCGUCGCUGUCGGUGGAAAUCCUUGAUGCGGAGCAGGAGGGCGGGUACGAGAGCGAUAACGAGGGGCUAGGUGGGCGGAGGGACAGCCUCAGUGUACCGGCCGAAGUCGAGUCGCCGGUCGAGAUCAAGGACGCGGACGCGGAGGACCAGGAGGCAUUCGAGUCGCAGCAGCCUGCACCUACAGUGCCCGCUUCCCCUGUUCAUGUCCACCCACAGUUCUCCGCCAUCAUCGAGCAGCCACCGUCACCCUCGUCGCCGCCCGCAGAGCAGCCGAAGCCCGAAGUAAUGCAUAUCGAGAUGCGUUGUACGACGGAAGGCGAGCCUUCCACUUCGACCGCCGACCGCUACGACCACCCUGCGACUCCUACGCUCAGUCCGUCGCAUGGUGACGCAGAGAGUGAAGACGAGGGUCCGGGUACGCCACCGCCGGGUCAUGCCCCGCAUAUCGUCGUGACGCCUGCGGAGGAGCACCACGGUGCAAGAGGGGAGCUCGGAGUCUCGCGGGAAGAGGUGCCGGAGAGUGAGAACAAGUUGGACGCGGAGGCGGCGCAUGAGUUGAGGAUGGUGAGGGAGCGUGAGCUGUUCUGAGUUUGGUGUUUUGCAAUUCUGCUAUGUGUAUACCCUACUGACAUCGAAAGCACUGUAACUGUAGUUUAUGCGUCUUUGGCAUUGUAAAUAUAUGACCACAGCAAUCGAGUAGAUUUCCUCGCA